GGCCCGGCUCCGUUUCCGGUUGUGUUGGGGCAUGGCGGGGGAUGGCGGCGUGGCUGCCUCUCGGGAGCUGUUGGCCGUGGGGCUCCGAGGAGGUCUGGAAGAAACGUUGUUGAUCAGAUCAAAAUGCAGCAGCAAGGAGGCCACAGCCUUACAGACAGUGAGGAUGCCGAGGAGUAGCCUUUUGGACCGAGUACAGAGCUUUUUACCACAGAUGGCCCAUGCAAAUGAUGAGCUAAGAAGAAAAAUGAUUACAGCACCAGCUCAUCAGUUUGAUAUUGAAAAUCUAGACAGUGCAACAGAAAAAGUUAUAGAAAUGAAUGUGGCUGUAGUUGAACUGAGUGAUUCUGAUACAGAUGAAGAGAUAUUAACUUCAGAAGAUGACUCUGAAUCUGAAGAUGACUCUAUAGCUGGCGAAGUGACAAUAGACAACAUUAAGUUUCCUAAACAAAAGAGAGAAAAAGGCAAAAUAGAAAUUCUGGACAGCAAAGUGAAUGAGUAAAUCUAUUUUAUUUUACAAAAAAAAAAAAAAUAAAUUAACCAAACCAAACUCACCGGAAACCCCAAAUCAUGUUUCUUACUUUGAAGACUUGGCCCUUAAAAACACCUUGUUUCCUGAUGUAGCGUCCCUCAGAAUCAUGUGAAAUGUCGUAGUUUACGUGGUGGACAAUUUAGGAUCCACUCAUGACUGGCUGGAUUUCUAAAGAACUAAGUACAGUUUUAUUCAUUGAGCAACAUGGAAGUUAAUUUCAUAGCAGAUUAGACUAAGAAAGCAGCUAACAUUUGCGGCACUUAGAGCUAGUUAAGUUAAAAUUAUUGUUCUGUUGCUUUGUUGAAGAAAGGUUGUUGAAGGAAGAUUUUUGUAGUGUGCUGGAAGAGGUUUUUGCUUCAAGGUCAGGGAAAAGUUAACUAAGAAAAAAAGCUUUGUUUUUUAUAUCCCAUAUCCCAUAAAGUGUUAUGCACAAUGCUUCAAUAUUAAACAGUAUCUUGAAGUGCGAUAGAGGUAUGUUUACAUUGCAUUCACGGCAGUGACUGUUGAACACUAAAGCAACAGCUGAGUAUUUCAAGGUGAGCUGGCAUGGGUAAGGGCAGCCAUGGCUCUAAAGAGAGGUCAGCAAAGGAUUAUUUACGUUUUUUGCCUGCACUGAAGUCCCUGUCAUUAUAGGUAGUCUGCUAGCUCCUAUCUGGAACAUUUGUGGCUGUAGUGUAGAUACCCUCAGUACUUAAACAGUCAAGUCUGCUGCUGUGGUAUUACAAUUGCUUUAAGCUACACUUUUUGUGUCCCAUUUUCCCUGCCACAUUUAUGUCCUCUCCAUUCUGUCACUGCCAGAAGAAAAAAAGCUACAUUUUCAGCUGGCCUAUACUUAGGUUAGCUUGAAACAGUUGUAAAAACUAAAAUCAGUGAAAGUAUGUCUCAUUCAUACUUACCUCAGAUUGAUCAAAUACAGUUAUUUAGGCUGUUGUAUUUACAACAUAAAACAGUUUGCAUUUCAGAAGUAUCUGUUGUGCUCCUGAAUGUCAUUGUUUGUUUAUUAAAGGAACUUUUUAUCCUAUACACCAUUAAAAUUUUCUAUAUUGUAUUUCCUCAAAUGUUAAACUUGAUGUCAUGACAUGAAACCUGCAGUUAUUUAGAGAAUUUCCUUUGAAUCCCAUACUUAAAGCUAUCUGUUUCUGUAUUAUUUGUGAUAAGAAAUAACAAGGAUUCUGGUCUUUCUUUCACAAUGUGACUUAAAAUAGAAAAGGGGCUUGAAUUACUGGGAUUAACUAGUUAAACCACAAAAAGUUAUAAGUGAAGAAAGGAUGGGAAUCAGAGAAUGGGACUGCUACUUUAAAUGGCAAGCCCACAGAUCAGGAUAAGCUUUGAGUGAAGUUGCACUCCUAGAAGGGCAAGUGGUCUUAGUAUGCUUAGUUUGCUAGGUGAGGUCCCUAUGGAAAAUUUUCUUCAAACUGAAGAAGCUUGAAAGCCAACAUCUUAACUCAGUCAUUUUACAAGGGAUUUUGUAGACAGAAAAAAAAACCCAAACAAACCCACAAAAAUUGUGAAAGACAAAGUAAUAAUCAUGCUGUAAGAAUCAGUGGUAAGAGUCUAUGUGAACAAAGUGAUUUUAAUCUGUUAAUGUAGCCACCUUUCAAAUUGCAGGCAGAAUCACACAUUCCAUAUCAACAAGAAGAUAGAAAAUAGUUUCAGUAACUUCAGCUUGAUAUGCAUAGUUUAACACCAAUGUUGAACUCUGUAUGUACUAUACAAAGAUCAAAGUAAGUGCACUUUCUUGCAAUGGUUUACGUCUUGUGGCACGAAGGUUUUCUAUACUGCUGAAGAAUCCCAGAGCAGAAUGUUCAGCUGCUCCUGUAAAAUUUAAACUCAUUAUCACAGAAAUGGCAUAAUCAGUGUAUUUUAGUUCAAAAGAAACCUGGUAACUAAAGAUUUAAAUGAUUGUGUAAAUAUGUUCACACAAAUAAGAAGUAGGCAUGUAAGAAUUCAUUCCUCAUUUGGACUUUAAAAAAUAAACUAAACUGUGUACUUGGUAUUUUGGGGGGGAUUGUGCUAACUGCUGCUGUAUAAUUUAAAUAACUUCAGGUUAGUUUCCAAAUGCUUUAUCUGUCAGCAAGACUAAAAUUUGGCCUUGAUCUAUAGAAACUUAUCCAUGGAAUGGGUUUUACUUGGAUUUUUUUUGUUACAGCGCUGCAGAAGGCCUAUCCUAGGCAUGGCAUUAAGUGCUUCUUUAAGAUACAAACUCUGCCGAAUGUUUACUUUCCAAGUGAAGCUGUUACUUUAAUAUUCCACAGUGAUGGCUUUGGUUCUGAGAUAUUCAUGAAGAGCUUCUUCACCUAUACAAGCACAAUAGUCACCAGUUAGCAUAGCAGCUAAAUAAAUGUUGUCAGUCACUGUAAUUGUAUUAUUAUUAAGAAAAAUAAUAAAAUGCGUUAGCCAGUAUAAGAGUCGUUAUGGAACAAUGGAAACUCAUUGACUUACCCUCCCACUGAGAUCUACAGAACUGGUUUGACAAGAAGAGGCCAAAUCCAACAGAUGUGGAAAGAACAAGGAGCUGGAAUUUAACAAGCAGCCACCUGGGUGGGACUGAAGCAUCGGUGGUCUCUAGAUAGCCACUGGGGGCUCAUAGUUGAAUUUAUGAACUUCGGUUUGCCUAUGUUACAGUUUCUGGGUAGAGAAGCUGUGUAGAAAUUGGUAGUCUUUCUUUUCCUGAUACUAUUACUCAUUUUGGUUUCAGAAAAUGGGAUACUUGCUAGAGAUUCUAAAGGCAAAAAUCCGUUGCGUCACUGAACAUUUUUUGUUGUUUUUCUUUGCUGUGAGGCCUGAUCUGUCCAGACUUGCGAAGUUUCAUUGAAAGAUGAAACUUCACUUUUUUUGAAGCUAGUGUUGAAAAGAUUUUUUUAAAUGCAUCUUUCUUCAGGGCUGUUGGCAGAUUUUGAUAACAUUUUAAUGCAUAAAAGUUUCCCAUGGAUUUAGAAAUUCAGAAGAAUUCAUUCAUUUAUUAUUCUGAGGAAAAUGAAAGAUUUUGGCCAAUAACCUUUGCUGCUUGGCAGCAUUUUGUAACCUGUACAUAGUUCUGGACAAGCUGUAAUAUGAAUGCUCUGAGAGGAGUUGGAGGGGAAUAUUCUGUGUGCUGUAGCAUUAUCGGACAGAUGUACAGGGAGGGCUGAAACGGAGUCAUUGAGGCAGAAUAUUGUAGGGAUGGGAGAGGAUUAUUGUAGUUGGAGGCAUGUAGGAGAUGCAGGAAAUGUAUCUGUAGUUCACAUUUUAUUAGGUGGACUCUACACAGGUGAGGUCAGAUAAGAGAUGAGGGAGGGAGAGAACAACUUACCUAAAUCUUUCCCAAAGCCAGACUGCUUAAAUCCACCAAAUGGGGCUGCCACAUCAGUUUUGUUGUAUGUGUUAAUAAAAACUGUUCCAGCUUCUAGCUUUUCACUGAUGUAGAGAGCUUUGCUUAUGUCUUUCGUGAAAACUCCUGAGGCUAAGCCAUAUUCUGUGCUAUUUGCCCGUUGCAGCACUCCAUCGACGUCCCUGUGAGGGAAGGAAAUGCCUGAUUUACAGCUAGGCAAUAUAAGUGUUAGCAACCUCCCACCUUCAGUGUCAUUGAAGCUUUUCUCAUGCUCAGUCUUCUCCAGUUAUCUUUUCUAAAGUCAACAUACUAAGGACUAAUCAAUGUGUUAACAUGACAGAUCUACAGAAACUCACGCUUGCUCCAGACUUACAAAGCUCUCAAUGUUAUAUGUGACUGGUUCAGAAAUGUCACUAAGAAAUGUCAAAGUUGUAGGACACAUACUGACUGCUCAGCUACAGUGCAGUUUAGGGAUUAAAGAGCAAUACAAAACCACUUGGAAACUGACCUUGGCCAUGAAUCAGUUUAUGAAUCAGUUUGCUAAAAUUUUGUCCUGUGUUACAACUUAAUGGAGAAUAAAUGCUGAAACUUGGACUUCCAUCAAGCCACAACUUUCCAGGCCACUUUUAGGGUGCUAUUUUCUAUUUGUAUCUCCGUGCAUAGUUUAUGGAUAUGAUGGGUUAUCUGUGUGACUGGUUCUUAACUGCAUUAUCAAGCUAUAGAAAAUUAAACCUAGUGGAAAUAGUUACAUGAA